AUGGCCUCGCAGCCUCCGGCGGGCUCUGGACCUUUGCCGGCCUCCUCGGCCGGCCCUGAUCGAGGCUCCAGAGCCCCUCUGGAGCCGUCCCCAACCUCAAGGGCUAAACGCCGCCGCGGUACCGAGGCCCAGCUAUCCCAGCCCAGCCUCGCGGGAAGCCAGCCUGACGCCUCUACGACAACCCCCUUAACGGCUAAGGGGCCCUCAACCGUGAAUAGGAUAGCUGCUGGAGCUAUCCUUACAGCCCUUAACGAAGAGGCUAAGCACUAUGAAGCCCGAAAGGAUGUCUUUAUGGCUAUCGCCCAGUCUGUGGAUAACAUGGUCUCUUGCUUUGAGGGACCUAGGAAGCAGAUCGCAAAGGAGGCUACAACCUAUGAGGACCUCCGGGUCUUUGCCCGCAUCCCUGAGGAGGGUUUAACGGCUGCUAGGAAGCACACCCCUUUUGCCCUUCGUCGGAAAGUCUGCCAGGCCCUUAGCCUCCAGCUGGCAGAUAUCCCACAUAUCUACCACAUUACAACUAGCUACUCGCUGAGACCCCUGAAUAAGCAGGUCCAGCAAGCCCUCCUUACAAACAAGCAGAAACUCGCUGAUAGUCUGGGAGCUUAUAAGGUUAAGUCCCCUACUAAGUGGUUUACUUAUGUCGUCCCACGCUGCCCUGCUAAGAUGUGGACUCUUGAAGGCGAUACCCUUGACCUAGCUGCUCUGGUUGAAGACGAGGUCCUCGCCCAAACAGGGCUUAAGCCCACCCAGGCCCAACAGUCCCGCCUAGGUCCGCUCUGUGGCAACUGCAGCAGGCCCUCAGGCUCCCAUGAGACCUGGCCCUGCACAGCUAGACCGAAGUGCGCUAACUGCGCCAGCCCCUUCCAAGCUAACCACAAGGACUGCCCAGCAAGGCCCCUGGUGGUGAACGGCUCCCCUACCCUUCCAGGUCGGAAGGAACUCUCCUGGAUCCGAAAGGCUGGACAGAAGGCCUACGAGGCCCUCUAUCAGAGCAGCCAGGCAGGUAGCCAAGCCACCUGCAACCAGCAGCCUAGCAGCAGCCUGACAAGCCCUCAGCCUAGCUCGAAGCGACCACGCGCCCCUACCCCUACCCAGGACUCAAUUAUUGUAGCGGACGUUAGCGAUACAGCAAGCUCUAGCAGUAUGGAUGAGGAUGAGAAUGAGGCUGAAGCAGAAGUCUCUGAUAACAACCCUAUCCUACCACCACUACCCACCCAGCAUAUCCCAGCUGCCUCAAGCAGCAGGGCCCAGCGGGUAGCUCAGAAGCCUGACUAUAACGUUGUUAAUGCCUACACCCACCUCGACCUCGACUCAGAGCAGUAG